CACGCCAUCCGGCAGGCGCGUAUAAAAGCGCCGGGUACACGUGCUUCUAGACCUGGUCGUCGUCACCCACCCGAGGGAUCACCAGUUUUUGCGAGAGCGACCACCGCUUCCGAACGAGAGCCAUGGCUUCGGCGUCCCCGUCAACAGCCAGUGUGGCAGGAUGCAGCCUGCUGCUGCUGCUACUGUUUGCGCUGACGGCCUCAUCGCUGAUUGAGAAGCGCACACGGUUUUGUGGGCCCUUCCUGGUGGAGACCCUGAACGCCCUGUGCAGGGGUGAGAUCUUCGACCCCGCCCAACAAAAGAGGCACAUCGAUCGCCAGCAGAUGGCGCUUCAGCCCUUACUGUCUCCUUGGGUGACGGAGUCUCGUCUGGGUUUCCUGGAUGCUAAGACGGCGCUUCAGUUGCUGCGGCCUGCGAGUCAUCGCCAGGUGCGAGGCAUCAUCGAAGAGUGCUGCCACAAGCCGUGUGCGGUCGCCGAGCUGCUCUCCUAUUGCGGACGCGUCAGGCCCACCGGCACCGACGAGUGAAACGAAGUGUGCACUCAUAAAACUCUGCCCUGCACAACGCGAGCGAAAAUAAGCAACAUAUACGCCGCUUUUUGAUGCGGCGUCUCUACCUCAUUUCGCAAGCAAUUGUCUUCUCAUAGCAGCGCAUUCCAAUAAAAUUUAUUGUCGAUUAGC